AGGGAGGACGUAGACAUGGAGGCAGCGGGCGCUGGGGCUGCGGAGCCGUCCUCUCGGCUGGAAGCUCCGGGACCCACGGACGACCGGCUUUUCUUGGUUAAAGGUGGAAUUUUCCUUGGAACUGUUGCUGCAUCGGGAAUGCUGGCUGGAUUUGUUACAACACUAUCACUGGCUAAAAAGAAAAGCCCUGAAUGGUUCAGUAAGGGAAGUAUGGCCACAGCUGCCUUACCGGAGAGUGGGUCUUCCCUUGCCUUGCGAGCUCUGGGCUGGGGCUCACUUUAUGCAUGGUGUGGGGUUGGUGUGAUCAGCUUCGCAGUCUGGAAAGCUUUAGGAGUUCACAAUAUGAAAGACUUUCGAAGUAAAAUGCAAUCAAUAUUUCCAACAAUUCCCAAGAACUCAGAAUCGGCUAUUGAGUGGGAGGAAGCAUUAAAAUCCAAAUGAGAAGAGUGUGGACAAGUUCCAGAGUGUUAGAGAAAGGGUGGCUUUGGAGACACCACAACGGCAGAGGGACUGGGGGUGAUUUCUCCUGGGGAACAUGUGGAGGUUGACCGAACCCAUGGGCUGGACGUGAGAGGUCUACGGGUGUGUGUGUGUGUGUGUGUGUGUGUGUGUGUGUGUGUGUGUUGGACAUGAGAGGUCUACAGUGUGUGUGUGUGUGUGUGCACGCGCGCAUGUGCGUGUGUGUGUGUGUGUGUGUUGGAGGGGAGUAAAGUUUCCCCAAGGUUCAGAAGACUAUUUGAAAAUAGUAAUUAUAGGGAACUGCUUGACAGAACCCCUGC